AUGAUGCUUCUCAAGGUUCGAACUGCGAUAAACACCUACGCGAACUGUACACGUAAUCCAGUAGUAUAUUCUUACGACGCGUUUGUUGUCGCUGCCGCACUGCUUGCUGGGGGUCUCUACCCCACUCGUCAGACUCCCGCCAGCUACGAGUUCCGGUACGGGAUCAAGGACGACCUCUCUGACAACGACUACGGUCACCUGGAGAACCGUGAGGGGGACUUCACCCAGGGGUCGUACCACGUCCAACUCCCCGACGGCCGCCUCCAGAAGGUGACGUACUCCGUCAAGGGGGACUCUGGAUUCGUUGUUCAAGUCACCUAUGAAGGCGAGGCAGGGCCCCCUGCAGCUGUCUGA